CGAAAUGAUACAGUUAGUAAGGCGACUAACAAACUCUAAGAACGACAAACGCGCACAAGCUCCUACUAGGUGACGACGCCCUAUAUAUAGUUUUUCCACUAUCGGAGCUGCGUUUAUAAUCUGGAGUCGUUCACCUACAGAAAACAUUUUCUUAAUCGACAUCGUACAUCGGAUGAAAUAUUAAGCUCUAGUAGAAUUUAAACUAACUUAAUGGAUGGCAAUAUGAGUUAUGAUAAUAAUAUAAGCUAUUUAACGAAGCAAUUCCUUUGCUGUACUGCGAUAAACAAAAUAGACUUUAUGGAUGGCCGCAGAGAUUUUACUCUUACUUUAGAUAUUCAGAAGCAAAUUUUAGACGGUACAAUAAACAAUGACUUAAUUAAACAAUAUCCAAUUAAAACGUCGUAUCAGAGAGCAUUUUUAAAAUUACUUAUGCAAAAAAUAAAGGAAAGCGACAAUGAAGUUUACGAUGAUUUAUAUGUGACGUAUUGUCAAUUACUAUCAUUGCCAGAUGAAGAGGAUGUGCAUUAUCGUCAUUUUUUAUUAGAAAAUGGAACAUUAAAUUGCAUUACACUAAAGGAGAGUACAAACAUGAUUUCUAAAGGGACUACAGGUUUAUGUAGCUGGCAGGGUGGCUUAGUGUUAAGCGAAUGGUGUGCAGAAAAUACGGAACAGUUUUAUGGAAAAAAUGUGUUGGAACUUGGUUGUGGAGUCGGGCAAACUGGUAUGAACGUUAUCAGUUUAUGCUCUCCAAAGCAAUAUGUUUUCUCUGAUUAUCAUCCGACAGUGCUCGAUAUGCUCUGUGAGAACAUAAAACUCAAUUUUCUGUCAAGCGAGCAGCGCAAGUCACUGGACGUGCGCGACACAACGUCAAGGAUUAAGUUGCAGUUAAAAUAUCAACGUAGCAACGUUCAAGUAGUGGAGUUGAGAUGGGAGGAUAUCAAUGAAUAUAUGACAAAGAGCUUGUCAGAGCCCGACGUCAUUAUUGCCGCCGAUAUUUUGUAUGAAAGCGAUUCAUUUGCAUCAUUGGCAUUAGGACUGAAACAUCUUAUAACGUCAAAUAAUUAUGCUGUUUUUACUGCAACAGUUCGUAACGAAGAUACGAUUGCACAGUUCUUGAAACAAUUGGGAAAUUACAAUCUUGUGUUUGAAGAAUGUAUCCCACCAAGAUCAACCAUCUCGAUACAAUCAAUUGAUGCAUCCGUUCGGAUAUUGAAGAUUCUGCAGAAGAUCUGACAUAUUCCCAAAUUUGUAAAUUACUUAGCUACUAAAUAAUUUGUACAAUUGUACGAAGUCGUGCAAUUAAACAGGCGAUUUUAUUAAUAACUUUAGCAUAAAUUCCUACAU